AUGAAUUUGUUGGCAUUUCUGGACACUUGUGGGUCAUGGCAAAUUUGGAUGCUUAUCAUAUCGUUCUUGGCGUUGCACUCCUUGCUCGUGGUUUUUGUCAUCGACAGCUUCAUAACGUGUUUGUGCAUUCGUCUUCGCAAAAUUAAGGAAGAGAAGGAACAGAAGUUGCUGUUACUUCACCCACCUCCAACUGAAGAACCAAAACCACCUCCACCGAAGCCUAAACCUAUGAAGCCGACGAAAGAGAAAAAGCCGACAAAAGCAACGGAAGAGAAGCCAACAAAAGAUAAGGAAGAGAAAAAGCUGACAAAGGAUAAGGAAAAACCAGCGAAGGAAGUGGAAAUAAAGCCAGUUGUUAAUCUGGCGUCUGGUCUCUACGAAAAUUGUGAAGCAGCUAAGGAGAAGACGCCGCCAAAAGAGGAACGACCGUUGGAGAGUACAGCUAGAUCUUCUCGAGAUAUUGCUCCUCCACCACCACCACCAAGUCCGCCACCGGAAGCGAAGAGUGACGUGAAAAAGUCAAAGAGUGACGUGAAAAUGUGA